AAUGACGUCCUUAUCCGCUUUGCUUUAUUUGUAUUAGUUUAUGUUUUUAUGUAUUUGGUCUUUAAAUGGAAAAAAAUUCGCAAUAAAAAGUAAAUUUCUGAUAGAGAACAACGUAAAUAAUAGCAAAUAUUGCGGCCGAGGGAAAUCUUACGACUGCAACCUUAUUUUAUUCCGUCGAACCCUACCAAUGUAAACGGAAAAUCGAACGCGACUUAAAAUCAUUUUCGCUGUCAAAAUUUUUGUCAUGUAAACAAACAAGAGGGAUUUAGUUUUUGCUUACUGCGUAAAAGUGCUUUUAAUGUAAGCUACUGAUUGAAUAGCUGUUUACGGCUCAAAUCCGGUGAAAAUUGCAAGUCGCAGACUCGUUAGGCGUGUCCGCACCAAACGAAAAUGCCGCCAUCUAAAUUGUCCAAGUAUCUGAAAGAUGAACCCCAAAACCCAAAUAUCAAGAAAAGCAAAUUUAUUUCCGAUCAGCCUGGGGAGAAUAUUUGCUAUGAUUUCACCACAAAACUAAUCAGUAAUUUAAAUCUAUUGCGACGGGAGAAUAGGUUUUGUGACAUUGAUAUUAAAAUUGGAACUAAAAUAUUUAGAGCGCACAAAGCUAUAUUGUCUGCCAGUAGCUCGUAUUUCCACGCUAUGUUCACUGGGGAGUUAUGUGAGAAAAAUAAGAAAUGUGUGGAAUUGCAUGGGAUAAACCCUCAUAUUUUUGAUGUUUUGCUUAAUUUCAUGUAUUCGGGUGAGGUAAAGGUGAACAAGAAUAUAGUUGAGGACCUCGUUAUUGCUGCAGACAUGUUUGAAAUAAUUGAAAUAGUUACAGAGUGCACAUAUUUUUUAAUUGACCAACUACAUGAGACCAACGUGAUUGGGAUUUAUUUAUUUGCCCGAGAUCACAAUAUACUGGAAUUAAAGGUAUCUGCUAUAAGAUUUAUCGAGGAACAUUUCCCUGAAGUGUGCAAAGAAGAAGAGAUUUAUGAACUGGAAAAGGAUACGUUUAUUGGCUUCCUUGGUUCUGAAUAUCUAAAAAUUGUAUCGGAAUGUGAAAUGUUUCAGGCAGCCCUCAAAUGGAUCAACCAUGACAUCUCUAACAGGAAACAGUAUGUUUUUGAUAUUUUGAAGAAGGUGCGACUCCCUCUGAUAUCCUUCAGUUUCUUGGAACAGGCGAUCGAAAACUGUUCAGAUAGCAGCCUCAAGGUGGCUUUAAAGUCGGUACGCAGCGACAUAGCUAACCGAAGGGGUUGUCUGGUACCUUUAAAUGUCAAGCCUCGAAAAUGCGCCAAGAAGGACAUUUAUGUUAUCGGCGGCUCAAAGAGGGAAUUGCACAGCGUUUGGGAUCGGGGUCUUGAAAUGAGCUAUGUAUCCAUUGAGAAAUUCGACACGUUUAGCAGAAAAUGGACCAAAUUGCCAGAUAUGAAAGUAAACCGCUUAGUACCUGGCGUGGCGUCCAUGAACGGGCACAUCUAUGUGGUGGGAGGCGAGGAGGAUUCAAAUAUUCUAUCCAGCUGUGAAAGAUAUGAUCCGGUAACCAAAAUAUGGACCUCUAUCGCUAGCAUGCUGAUAUCCAGGUGUGAGUUUGGCCUCUGUGCCAUGAACGGUUACCUCUACGCAAUGGGAGGUUGGGUCGAUUCCGAUAUGUGCGACUCAAUUGAGCGAUACGAUCCGAAGGUGGACCAUUGGGAACUAGUGGGGAAUCUUACGGAGCCAAGGUUUAGCAUGGGUGUGGUUGCCUAUGAAGAUCGGAUUUAUAUGGUGGGUGGAUGUUCUCUGAAUCAGCGUAAUAUGCAAGACUUGAUGAAAUACAAUCCAGCUACUGGCGAAUGGCAGAAAUUGCCACCUAUGUCAAUUGCCAGGUUCCAAAUGGGUGUGGUCGUAUUGGAUGAUUACUUGUAUGUGGUGGGGGGUACCCAUAAACAGCAGGUGCUCAACUCCGUCGAAAGGUAUUCUUUUAAAAAGAACAAAUGGGAAAUGGUACCGCCGAUGAAGCUGGAAAGGAGUGGGCCCGCUGUGUCCGCGAUUGAUGGCUUCUUGUACGUCAUAGGAGGGGCUCAGAUGCACGCGACUCCGUUCUACAGAGCCCAGUGCACCAUCGCCGACGUCGAAUGUUUCGAUCCGUACACAAACUCAUGGUCCGACUGCCCGCCAUUGUCCGAGACCAGGGCGGAGGCGGGAGCGGUCGUUAUAUGAUCUCUAACCUAUUGGGCUCCAGGCGUGUCGACUGAAGACGAUUAGCCUGGACCCUUUGGGCAUUUUUGUUGGUUUUGUAGCCGGGCGGGGUGAGUUGACAACGAAAAUUUUCUGAUGGAGGCAGCUUUUAGUUUUUGCGUUUAGGGGCGAGUAGUACGAGAUUAACUCGGAUUUAUAUCGCAUCGUUUUGAUCAACAUCAGGAAUCAUAAAGAUCUUUGUGUAAAUAGCUGGCCGGUGUUGCAAAAUUCAUUAGAAAAAUUGUUAAUUUAGAGGUUAGAAAUCAAAAUGGGGCUUUCUCAAAUUUGGUUUUAAUUUACAUCUGAUCUUCAAGUGUGACUUGUAGUUACUUAUCUGACGUUGCAUCGUGUGCACUUCACGCUUACAGUUUUUAGGCAGGUCAUAGGUUUACUAUCCUAGGACUCAUUCAAAGGGUUUUUGUGCUUAAGCAUGUAUUUUCAGAAAAUAUUUUGUUUUUCCUUUUGGGAGAUGUCUUAUCUCUAAUUUAAUUUUAGGUGCAUGCUGUGCUGUGCAAUGUUCGCUAUAAAUGUCUUUAUAUGUACCUCAGGACAAUGUGGUUGAAUUAAUUUUCUGGUGUCCACUUCAAAUAUAACGUUUUACGUAGUAUGUACCUAGCCACUGUCUUUUUGUGAAUUUUCGCUAGUUAUUAUUGCAUGCCCCAUCUGAAAAGUCAAAAGUAAAAUCUGGAAAAAAUUGUUCCAAUAAAAAACUGCUAGUAAUUAAAUUAAGUGGUUUUCUUCAAUUUUACAAUUUUUCAACUCCAAACAUUGUACAUCGAAAAUAAUUACGUUUUUUUGUGCUGACCCCUGAGUCUUUGAAUGAAUUUUGUAACACCAUAUUAUGUGUCUAAUGUUGGUAUAAUCAAUAGACAAAGUAGAAAUAUGUAUCAAGUUAGAAAUUUAGCACCGACAUAACAAAGUUGAUGGUAUUUAGUAUCCAGCAUGAAUGCCAAAUCUACUUUAUUCUUCCUCCCCCGUAUUUAAUAUAUUCGCUAUUAGCCCAAUAUUUUUCAUCCCACAUGUAUUAUUUCAUAAAUUUUUUAUCUAUCGAGAAGCGUUUCCCAUUAACAUAGGGAUAGGGAACACUAAUAAAGGAGGACCAGAAGCUGUCACAACUGUGAGGAGUUUUCCUCUCGUGAUGUUAUGGCAAUGGGUAUUUGGGGUAAUCGUUCCGCAUCGUGCCAGUUGACCCAAAUCAUACAUAUCCUGUUUUGCCUCCAAUGUCACCCUUUCACAAAUUUCAAUUUGGAUGACAAAUUUGAAUGGAGGUAAUUCUGUAUGAAAUAAAGUGAAUGAAGGAUAACUGCAAAGCAAGGCCAUAUAUCUCACAACUUUUGACCUUCACAAAUGUCUACCUGGGCCAUGGCCAUCUAUUUGUGCUUGUACAUGUUUCUAUUUCCAUUCCAGACAAAUGUCUCAGUGUUCUGAUAUCCAUAUCUUACCCACAAAUUUCCUCCAAAUGUACUUUAAAAUGUGUCAUGUAGCUUUCAAUGGUUGCUGUAUAGGUGUUUAAAUGUCAUGUAUAUUCAUGUCGUUACACCCUUUACUGCGCAGAUUGGUUAUCUUUAGAGGAAAUGCACCUAAUAUGAGACACCUUUUUAUUUUUGUUAAAUAAAGGGGUAAGAAUGUUUAAAAAUAUGCAAAGGCUAGACCGUUGUGUAUACUUUUAAUUUAUAACGUUAAAAUUAUUCAAAAUAUUAAUUAUUUUGGUGAAGUAAUAAAAAGUAGAAAAGUCAAUUUUUGUUAUUUUCAAAUUUUGUCUCCCAAUGAAGGACUGUUUCAAAAUAGAAAACCUAGAAAAAUAAGGAGAGGAACUAAAAUAAAAUUAUUGUUCAAUCAUCAGUUGAGUCGUCAUAAUGAAUCUGUUUGAUACAAUUUUAGCCCUUUUGGUACUUUUAGCUUUGGAUUGUUGUUUGCUCUUGGUCCUGGAGGCUUUGGUUUUUUAUUUUCUUUGUUUUUUUUAGUUUCUUUGUUAGGGAUUCUUCCAACUUCUUUUUGUAUGUUAUUAAACUUGCUUUACCUUUCUGUUUAUUAGUAUUUGCAGAGGUUGAUGGCAUUGAGCAAACAUCUUUUGCAGAGACCAGCAAAUCAUAUUUAUCAGACUUGAUCUUGGUUGAUGGAAUUGCCUUGCUACAGGUUUCUUAGACUUUGGAAGAUCAACAGCCAUAUUCUAAAGGACCCCAUUUUCAUUAUUUGUUUCUUGUAAUGGUCGAUUUUGCUUUCCUUCCAAGAAAUCAGUGUGCCUGAAGACACUUUUGUUGCAAGGAAAGAGACCUAUUUUUCUAGAUGAAUUAAGUGAUGCAACAUUAAAAAAAUUGGAUCCUUUUUUCUUGGUUAGUUUUUGAUUUUACGAGGGAACACUAAUAAAGGAGGAACAAAAGUACCAGAAGCUGUCACAACUGUAAGGAGUUUUCCUUUCUCUUGUGAUGUUAUGGCACAACCGGUUUUUCCUUCAAGCCAAUGAUUUUACUUUGUUUGUUUAACGACCGUGAUACCUGUUUGGUCAACUUUGUGUGACCUAUGUGAAGAAAAAUUAUAUUUUUCCAUCUCCUUUUCAAAUAUUUUGAAGAAUUGUGCAACGUUUUCGGCACCCUCGCAUUUGCCUAUGAAGUAUAUACCGAUAACUCGGAUAACUAGGGAUGCUUUAAACCAUUUAUAAUUGCUAAUUCGAACGCCAUAUAGUUGAUAUUUCUCCUUUGAAGACCAAAAUACUUUGUUUCCAUUUGAAUUCAGUAAUUUUUCUUUCAAAAGGAAGUGAAGUAGUUUUGGUGAGUUGGAACAUUGAAUAUUUUGGAGGCCCUAAAGUACCCCAUCACCUUAUUUCUUACUGCAUUAACAGCGCUAAUCAUGAUCCCACUGCAUUUUUAAUAUGUUUAAGCGUCUGCAAAAAAAUUUCUUACAAUUAUAACAAAACUAAAAGCGCUCCUAAUAUGAGGUAUCUUAUAUUAAGAUCCUUGUUGUACCUCAUGUUAGGAACCUUAGCAAGAAAUUAUUUACAUGUUUUUUUCCAAACAUCACAUAAGUUUUUAUUCAUUUUAUUUAUUUCGAACAAUAAAACAACGUCCACACAACAAAGCAAAUAAGCAAAACCUAUUAAUUUUCUUAUCUAUUAAACAAAAAAAUCACCUCAAAUUUUGAUAUUGCAGAAACGCAUAAACCCACAUACACGUGCCGUGUAUUGACAGCAACUAAAAUCAAUUCCAGCUGAUUUCAGAUUUCACCGUACGAUAAAUUAAUUUCGGACGUUGUCGCUAGAUGACGACUGUCAGUUGACGAGAACAUAAUAUGGUGUCUCAUAAUAGGUGCCAAUGUCAUAUUAGGUGCCUUUCCUCUAUAUUCGUUUGAAAUGAUAAAUCGAAUAUUUUGGAUCAUUUGAGAAACUUGAUGUAAGCUGUUGUUUAACAUUUAAAAAGUUUAUGGAGAGGAAAUGAAAUUAUGCGCAAUAUAUAU